AUGCCCAAACACUCUGGUAGGGGCUUCGUAAAGCCGCAAUUCCAUCCUCCUCCUCCUCUCGCAGCGGAGGAGCGAACACCACCACCACGUCGGGAGGCACCACCACCGCCAACAACAACAACAACAACUCCAUCAUCAUUAAACACAUCGCCUGUUGUGGCCGUCACCGCGGCGCUGACAUCCGUCUCCUCGCCUUCUCCACGGAGGGAUGAAUUGGAUUCCGUUGAAGUUAGCCCUUAUGAUUUUAUACGUUUACCAACAUCCGACACCUGCAUGGGGAGUGAGAAGAAGUACCGAACUUCUCAUCCAUGCAAGAGUGAAUUAGAAUGGUGCCGUGAGUUACUUAAAAAGGAGCGUGAACUUGAAGAGCGAUAA